AUGGAACAACCUGAUCUAUCGUCUGUGGCCAUCAGUAAGCCGCUGCUGAAGUUGAAACUUCUCGACGCCCUUCGCCAGGGAAGUUUCCCCAACCUACAAGAUCUCCUAAAGAAACAAUUCCAGCCGCUAGACGACCCAAACGUCCAACAAGUGCUCCAUCUCAUGCUCCACUAUGCCGUGCAAGUCGCCCCCAUGGCUGUCAUAAAGGAAAUCGUCCAUCAUUGGGUCUCAACUACAAACACCACUUUUCUAAACAUCCAUCUUGAUCUAAACGAACGGGACUCCAACGGCAACACCCCAUUGCACAUCGCCGCCUACCAGUCCCGCGGUGAUAUCGUAGCCUUCCUCCUGGACCAACCAACCAUCAACGACUGCGUGCUCAACAACUCCCACUUGCAGGCCAUCGAAAUGUGCAAGAACCUAAACAUCGCGCAGAUGAUGCAGGUGAAACGCUCCACAUACGUUGCAGAGACCGCCCAGGAAUUCAGAACAGCUUUUAACAACAGGGACUUCGGCCACCUAGAAUCUAUCCUCUCCAGCCCUCGAAACGCAGAACUGCUCGACAUCAACGGUAUGGACCCGGAGACUGGCGAUACCGUUCUGCACGAAUUCGUCAAGAAAAGAGACGUCAUCAUGUGCCGUUGGUUGCUUGAACACGGUGCUGACCCCUUCAAGAGAGACCGCAAGGGCAAACUGCCCAUCGAGCUCGUUAGGAAAGUCAAUGAAAACGACACCGCCACCAACACCAAGAUCGCCAUCGACAUCGAACUGAAAAAACUAUUGGAAAGGGCCACCAGGGAGCAAAGUGUCAUCGACGUCACAAACAACAACUUGCACGAGGCCCCCACUUACAAAGGCUACCUGAAAAAAUGGACCAACUUCGCUCAAGGCUACAAAUUGCGUUGGUUCAUCCUUAGUAGCGAUGGGAAACUAUCCUACUACAUCGAUCAGGCCGACACUAAGAAUGCCUGCAGGGGCUCCCUAAACAUGUCUUCGUGCUCUCUGCAUUUGGAUUCGUCUGAAAAGUUGAAAUUCGAAAUUAUCGGCGGUAACAACGGUGUUAUCAGGUGGCAUUUAAAGGGGAACCACCCCAUCGAGACAAAUAGAUGGGUUUGGGCCAUCCAGGGCGCCAUAAGAUACGCAAAGGACAGAGAAAUUUUGCUGCACAAUGGCCCCUAUUCGCCUUCUCUGGCCUUAAGCCAUGGCUUGUCAUCCAAAGUGUCCAAUAAAGAAAACUUGCAUGCAACUUCAAAACGGUUGACCAAGAGCCCGCAUCUGUCCAAAUCCACACUGACACAAAACGAUCACGAUAAUGACGAUGACAGCACUAACAACAACAACAACAAAAGUAAUAAUGAUUAUGACGAUAAUAAUAAUAAUAAUAAUAAUGACGAUGAUGAUUAUGAUGAUGAUGAUGAAAGUAGACCCCUCAUAGAACCAUUACCGUUGAUUUCAUCCAGAAGCCAAAGCUUAAGCGAAAUCACUCCCGGUCCACAUUCUAGGAAGUCUACAGUCUCGUCUACAAGGGCAGCCGAUAUACCAUCAGAUGAUGAGGGUUACUCUGAGGACGAUUCUGAUGACGACGGUAACUCCUCUUACACAAUGGAAAACGGCGGUGAAAACGAUGGCGACGAAGAUCUAAAUGCCAUUUAUGGUCCCUAUAUUCAAAAACUACACAUGCUACAAAGAUCCAUUUCCAUCGAGUUGGCAUCUUUGAACGAAUUGCUGCAAGAUAAACAACAACACGAUGAGUACUGGAACACCGUCAACACUUCUAUUGAAACCGUCAGCGAAUUUUUCGACAAAUUAAAUCGGUUGACCUCUCAAAGGGAAAAAAGAAUGAUUGCCCAAAUGACCAAGCAACGGGAUGUUAACAAUGUUUGGAUUCAAUCGGUAAAAGAUCUGGAAAUGGAACUGGUUGAUAAAGACGAAAAAUUGGUUGCCUUGGAUAAAGAACGGAAAAAUCUGAAAAAAAUGCUUCAAAAAAAAUUGAACAAUCAACCACAGGUUGAAACUGAGGCUAAUGAAGAAUCCGAUGAUGCAAAUUCAAUGAUAAAAGGAUCCCAAGAAUCAACAAAUACCCUUGAGGAAAUCGUAAAAUUUAUCGAAGCAACAAAGGAAAGUGAUGAGGAUUCUGACGCCGACGAAUUUUUCGACGCAGAAGAAGCUGCUUCCGACAAAAAAGCCAAUGAUUCGGAAGACUUAACCACAAACAAGGAGACUCCAGCUAAUGCGAAACCACAAGAAGAAGCUCCUGAAGACGAGAGCCUUAUUGUGAUCAGUUCUCCACAGGUGGAAAAGAAGAACCAACUAUUAAAAGAGGGAUCAUUCGUCGGAUAUGAAGACCCAGUGAGAACCAAACUGGCUUUAGACGAAGAUAAUCGUCCCAAGAUUGGUCUCUGGUCUGUUUUAAAGUCUAUGGUCGGUCAAGACUUAACCAAACUAACUCUACCGGUAUCGUUCAAUGAGCCAACAUCCUUACUACAGAGAGUAUCUGAAGAUAUUGAGUAUUCUCAUAUUCUUGACCAAGCUGCCACUUUUGAAGACUCCUCUUUAAGAAUGCUAUAUGUAGCUGCCUUUACUGCAUCAAUGUACGCAUCUACCACUAACAGAGUGUCUAAACCAUUCAACCCCUUACUCGGUGAAACUUUUGAAUAUGCCAGAACUGAUGGUCAGUACCGAUUCUUCACCGAACAAGUCUCUCACCACCCACCUAUCUCUGCUACUUGGACAGAAUCGCCCAAAUGGGAUUUUUACGGUGAAUGUAAUGUUGAUUCGUCAUUCAAUGGGCGCACGUUCGCCGUGCAACAUUUAGGAUUAUGGUACAUUACUAUCCGGCCUGAUCAUAAUAUUAGUGUUCCCGAGGAAACUUAUUCCUGGAAAAAACCAAAUAACACUGUUAUCGGUAUUUUAAUGGGGAAACCACAAGUAGACAACAGUGGGGACGUCAAAGUCACAAACCAUACCACAGGCGACUAUUGUAUGCUGCAUUACAAAGCCCAUGGCUGGACCUCAGCCGGUGCAUAUGAAGUCAGAGGUGAAGUAUUCAACAAGGACGAUAAAAAAUUAUGGGUUCUUGGUGGGCAUUGGAAUGAUUCCAUUUACGGGAAAAAAGUAACUGCUAGAGGCGGAGAACUGACAUUAGACAGAAUAAAAACGGCAAAUUCUGCCACGGGAGGACCAAAACUAGAUGGGUCUAAGUUUCUGAUAUGGAAAGCAAAUGAAAGGCCUUCAGUGCCAUUUAAUUUAACGUCGUUUGCAUUGACUUUGAAUGCUUUGCCACCCCACUUGAUACCAUAUUUAGCACCCACAGAUAGUCGUUUAAGGCCCGAUCAAAGGGCUAUGGAAAAUGGUGAAUACGAUAAAGCUGCCGCGGAAAAGCAUCGUGUUGAAGUAAAACAAAGGGCAGCAAAAAAAGAAAGGGAACAAAAAGGAGAAGAAUACAGACCUAAGUGGUUUGUCCAGGAGGAGCACCCCGUUACCAAAAGUCUAUACUGGAAAUUUAAUGGAGAGUAUUGGAACAAAAGAAAAAAUCAUGACUUUAAAGAUUGUGCUGAUAUUUUCUAA